GCGCUCGGCGCCUCCGCGGCCCCCGGCUCCCGGCCGCAGCUUCCUCGCGCGCGCGGGGCGCCGGGCGCGGGGCCCGGGCUGGCUUCGCGGAAGAGUUUGCUGAACUAACUCCAAGCUGGUGUGCACGGUGUCCGCGCGGCUGCCGGCCCAAGAGCUGGAGUCACCAUGGCGGCCGGAGUUGCGGCCUGGCUGCCCUUCGCCCGGGCUGCGGCCAUCGGGUGGAUGCCGGUGGCCAACUGCCCCAUGCCCCUGGCCCCGGCCGACAAGAACAAGCGGCAGGAUGAGCUGAUCGUCCUCAACGUGAGUGGGCGGAGGUUCCAGACCUGGAGGACCACGCUGGAGCGCUACCCGGACACCCUGCUGGGCAGCACGGAGAAGGAGUUCUUCUUCAACGAGGACACCAAGGAGUACUUCUUCGACCGGGACCCCGAGGUGUUCCGCUGCGUGCUCAACUUCUACCGCACGGGGAAGCUGCACUACCCGCGCUACGAGUGCAUCUCCGCCUACGACGACGAGCUGGCCUUCUACGGCAUCCUGCCCGAGAUCAUCGGGGACUGCUGCUACGAGGAGUACAAGGACCGUAAGCGGGAGAACGCCGAGCGGCUCAUGGACGACAACGACUCGGAGAACAACCAGGAGUCCAUGCCCUCGCUCAGCUUCCGCCAGACCAUGUGGCGCGCCUUCGAGAACCCCCACACCAGCACGCUGGCCCUGGUCUUCUACUACGUGACUGGCUUCUUCAUCGCCGUCUCGGUCAUCACCAACGUGGUGGAGACGGUGCCGUGCGGCACGGUCCCGGGCAGCAAGGAGCUGCCGUGCGGGGAGCGCUACUCGGUGGCCUUCUUCUGCCUGGACACGGCGUGCGUCAUGAUCUUCACCGUGGAGUACCUCCUGCGGCUCUUCGCGGCGCCCAGCCGCUACCGCUUCAUCCGCAGCGUCAUGAGCAUCAUCGACGUGGUGGCCAUCAUGCCCUACUACAUCGGGCUGGUCAUGACCAACAACGAGGACGUGUCCGGCGCCUUCGUCACGCUCCGGGUCUUCCGCGUCUUCAGGAUCUUCAAGUUUUCCCGCCACUCCCAGGGCCUGCGGAUCCUGGGCUACACCCUGAAGAGCUGUGCCUCCGAACUGGGCUUUCUCCUCUUCUCCCUCACCAUGGCCAUCAUCAUCUUUGCCACUGUGAUGUUUUAUGCCGAGAAGGGCUCCUCGGCCAGCAAGUUCACGAGCAUCCCCGCCUCGUUUUGGUACACCAUUGUCACCAUGACCACACUGGGAUACGGAGACAUGGUGCCUAAGACAAUUGCAGGGAAGAUCUUCGGCUCCAUCUGCUCCUUGAGCGGCGUCCUCGUCAUUGCCCUGCCAGUCCCUGUGAUUGUUUCCAACUUUAGCCGGAUUUACCACCAGAAUCAGAGAGCUGAUAAACGCAGAGCACAAAAGAAGGCUCGCCUUGCCAGGAUCCGUGUGGCCAAAACAGGCAGUUCCAAUGCAUACCUGCACAGCAAGCGCAACGGGCUUCUCAACGAGGCACUGGAGCUGACGGGCACCCCAGAAGAGGAGCACAUGGGCAAGACCACCUCACUCAUCGAGAGCCAGCAUCAUCACCUGCUGCACUGCCUGGAAAAAACCACUGGGUUGUCCUAUCUUGUGGAUGAUCCCCUGUUAUCUGUACGAACCUCCACCAUCAAGAACCAUGAGUUUAUUGAUGAGCAGAUGUUUGAGCAGAACUGCAUGGAGAGUUCAAUGCAGAACUAUCCGUCCACAAGAAGUCCCUCAUUGUCCAGCCACGCAGGCCUCACUACCACCUGCUGCUCCCGUCGUAGUAAGAAGACCACACACCUGCCCAAUUCUAACCUGCCAGCUACUCGCCUGCGUAGCAUGCAAGAGCUCAGCACGAUCCACAUCCAGGGCAGUGAGCAGCCCUCCCUCACUACCAGUCGCUCCAGCCUUAAUUUGAAAGCAGACGACGGACUGAGACCAAACUGCAAAACAUCCCAGAUCACCACAGCCAUCAUCAGCAUCCCCACCCCCCCAGCGCUAACCCCAGAGGGGGAAAGUCGGCCAACCCCUGCCAGCCCAGGCCCCAACACGAACAUUCCUUCCAUAGCCAGCAAUGUUGUCAAGGUCUCCGCCUUGUAAAACCACUGGACAGAGGGCCAGAGGGGGUAGUGGGGAAUGAAGGGGACUGGCAUGUUGGUGGGUGGCCACUGGGACCACUCCCUCCCCCUUUCCCCACUAUUUCUGCCUGCCUCAUUGUAUCCCUAGCACUGAGACUUGUGCCUGGAAGGAAAAAGAGGCAGAAAAGGGGCACCUGAGGUUCAUGCUGCUAGCGUGGACAUAGCCCUGUGAUACUGCAUCUCACUGGGGCCAGAGGAAGGGAGGGAGGGUGGGGGGGUCAGGGAUGUGCCAGUGGGGGAUGUAGGCUAUGUGCCAGGACAGGGCCUGGAUGGAGGAGCCUCAGACUCAGACCAAAUAACAAUCGUUUCUGGAGACCCCAGUGAGGAAAAUACAAGACCAAGAGCAGCAACAAGGCCAAGUUGUCACAAGCAAAACAGGAAGAAAAUAUAACACUGUGUAUUUAAGCACCUUUUUCAAGGCUCUUAAUGGAUAAUAUUUAUUCAUGGGAAAAGGUGGAAAACAAAAACACCAACGGAUUUUUGUGAAGUGUUUUUCUCCAUGGACCCAACACCUUUGAACCAAAACAAUGAAUUUUGUGAGGGAUUUUUUUUUUCUCCUUUUAUAGCAAAAGCUUUUAGGCUAAGAAGUCAGUUAUUGCUGAGUUCUCUCUCCAUUCCCCCAGGUGGGUGAGGUCAACUGAGCCUGGGCCCCCACUGCCCAGCUGACCUGCACAGAGCUGCCAAGUGACCACACGGCAAUCCUUACCCUCCGUCUGUCCGUCUCCCUUGUCUCUGUACCUCUGUGCUUACCCCUGGCUGUUUCUGUGUCCAGCCAUCUGUCUCUACCUGGAUCCCAUGAUCCUGAAACACAUCAGUAAAGCCUUCUUCAUCAUUGCCACGCACAACAGACUUGUGCCUGGGAGUUCUUUCUGUGCGAAUGCAAUUGCAGAGGAAGACAGAGUGAAGCAAAAAUUGGGAGUUUAGGGGUGAGGGAAGUCUACCUCACAGAACAGAGGUCCUUCCCUUGGGGUUGGAACCACUGGUGUUUUCAGUUUCAGUUUCUGGGAAAGAAAGGGAAUGACCAGAGUAAUCACACCGGAAUCUUGAAAAGGCAAAUUGCCAACACCUGAGAAGCGGUCAACUCUGGUAUGUGCCAGUGAGGGGAGAACAGAAGAACCCAGGGCUCGCAGCUGCAGCCAGUCAUUAUGGUACCUUGCUAUGGACCCUUCCUUCAGGACCCGCCAUAAAGCCCAUCCAAGAGCCCUUCCAAGAGGCCCUGGGAGUAGUUUCCUCUAGAAAGGGCAGUGGUAUGAGGACCAAGAUUCCUCUGACUUAUGUCACACCGGAGGCAACUCCCACACAGAAGCUGUUGGAAGGGUAAGCCUGUGUGCCUCAUGAAAAAUGCCUCAAAGCAUGAAAGCAAGUAAGAGAUACUAGAUAUUCUUACCUGCUAUGAAAGACGCCUUGAUGUCUGAAGGGGCUUCAGCCUGAUCUCCCUGAAGAUAGCUGAAAUGAGGGAGAAGCCUAAUCACCUCUGUGCAAGCAAAGGAGUGAAGCUUAUUUCUUGAACACCUGGACAACGUGUCCGUUCAACUAGCUUGCACUCUGGUGGAGCUGGGGAUAGCAUUUCUGGAAUCCUCCUAAUCAUUGUUCACUGCUUAUAGCAGAGUAGGUGGGCCUCAGGGUUAGUGACAAGUCCUUUCCUGCCCUUCCCAGCCCCCAGCCACCUUGCUGCAGUCUCUGUAGCCUGGGCUCUGAAAUACAUGAGGUCCUCAGGAGCUGCCUAUCCAUCCUACAGCUUAGUGGUUAGCUGUCUAAUUGUAGGCCAAGGAUUUCUCUGCCCACCACAGACAUGUAAAUGAGUUUCACUAGCCAGGAACCUAAAAACACCCUUCAUGGGCUUCCCUAUGACCCCAGCUCGAUUGACCGUGUAGGCAGAGAAAGUCAAAAGGUUUUGAGGUGGCACCUAACCAGAAUGUGGGCAGAAGGCAGAGGAGAGGGAGCCUUCUUUCUAUCUUUAUCUCCUUAUUCUUAUCCUCAUUGACCACGAGCUGAGUUCUUUCUCUGAGUCUGGCCUCAAGGAUUUCCCCCUGAUGUGGGAAUGGAGUGGUUCUUGCCCUCUGAGCUUACAGACUAAGAAGGUAGAAAGGCUUUACAACUGCAGAGCACACGUGUAUACAAACAACCAACCUAAACACAUUAGAGAAUACAGACUUAAAUCAAUUCACUUUCAUAUACACAUCUCAUUAGAAGACCAGGCUAAACUUCACUUAGAGAGCAGGCAAAUGACUAGAAAAGAAUUUUUCUC